AUGACUUCACUAUCGGGGUCCAAGGAGAGAUCCGUGGCUGGUCGGGGCAGAAAGUACACGAUGCCUGACACUUCCCCCACCAAAUCCACAUCCAUUUUACCGGACACGUGGUACCGCAAGGCUUAUGAGGAAACGACACGGUCCAACUCUCGUCCUGCACCUGAGGGUGCUGGCUCCAUGCCCAGCUCUACGGGCACCCCUUCUCCUGGCUCGGGGAUCUCCUCACCAGGAUCCCUCUCUGGAUCACCAGGGACCAUCUCUCCAGGGAUUUGCACGGGAUCUCCAGGUUCUCUUGGCGGUUCUCCGGGUUUUGGGACUGGCUCCCCGGCCUCAGGCAGUGGAAGUUCUCCUGGGAGUGAAAGAGGGAUUUGGUGUGAGAACUGCAACACAAGGCUGACAGAGCUGAAAAGACAAGCUUUAAAAUUGCUUAUCCCGGGACCUUACUCCAGUAAGGAUCCAUCCUUUCCCUUGCUUCUCCAUGACAAGCUGCAAGUCCCCAACAGUUCCCGACGGGCGUGGAACGAACGCGAUAGUCGCUGUGACGUAUGCGCCACUCACCUCACUCAGCUCAAGCAGGAAGCUGUCCGCAUGGUGCUCACGCUGGACCAGUGGGAUUUGUCGCCCUCAUCAUCUCCUCCUCCUCUCCUCGGGCGCUACGCAUCCCAGGGAGCUUUAGGAGCGUCGGGCUCCAGGGAAUGGCCAUCCUCAUUUCUCCCCUCCUCGUCAUCUGCAGCGGCCGUUUCGCACCUCACUCGCCCAUCGUCGCCUUCCCCGAAUCCCGGCCAGAUCGCGACACCGAGCCCCAGCCAUGGACCUUGCGCCCCUGGUCAUGGGAGCCCUUCUGCUGCACAAACGGCUUCCUGUCCUCCCUUAAACCAACAAGUGCACAGACUGGGCUCCAAACCCAGCUCACUGGGGCUCGGAGGCGUGAUGGAAAGACGGAACGGGUCGUCCAGCUCUGGAAAAACAGCUUUGACCCAUCAACAAACUGUGAGUGCAGUAAACAGUCCAGGGAAUAGCAGCACAAACAGCAGUAACAACACAGCAGGUCAUCAGCACAUGAGCAGAACUAAUGGAGGAGUUACGCUUUAUCCGUACCAGAUCUCACAGAUGGUGUCUGAGGCAUCCAGGGAAGGUUUGACUGAGGCUGCCCUGAACCGCUACAACACACACUCACCUUCACAUACAAACUCAACAGCACACACAAACUCACCCUCUCACACUGCGGCGACAACCACCACAUCACAGACAACCAGCUCUUCAGCAGCUUCCUUCUUUGCCAGAGCUGCACAAAAACUCAAUUUAACUUCCAAGAAGAAGAAGCUGAAAACCGCCACAACUGUUCCGCUGCCCGUGACAUCAUCUUUGCCGACAUGCGAGAGCCAAUUGUUCCCAACUAAUUUCAGCUCCGCCCUCCUAACUGCCCCGCCCCCGGCGCCGCCGUGCCUUCUGCGUGCAGCCAAUAAGAUCAAAGACACACCUGGUCUAGGAAAGGUAAAAGUGAUGGUGCGUGUGUGCCCGGCGUCACAGUCGGACACGGCCGAGUCCAGUUCCUUCCUAAAAGUGGACCCCAGGAAGAAACAGAUUACCAUCAUGGACCCGUUGGCCAAUCAAACGGCAAACGUCACCUCCCAAAAGAGGGCGGGGGUUAGCCAGGUCCCUCCAAAGAUCUUUACCUUUGAUGCUGCCUUUCCUUCUGACGCAUCACAGGCGGAAGUGUGCGCGGGAACUGUUGCUGAGGUAAUUCAGUCAGUGGUGAAUGGAGCAGAUGGAUGCGUCUUCUGCUUUGGACACUCCAAGCUGGGCAAAUCCUAUACCAUGAUUGGCCGCCAUGACUCCCUGCAGACGCUGGGUAUCAUCCCUUGUGCCAUCUCCUGGCUUUUUAAGCUCAUCAAUGAGAGGAGAGAGAAAACAGGGGCGCGCUUCUCUGUCCGUGUGUCUGCAGUAGAGGUUUGGGGCAAAGAGGAGAACCUGAAGGAUUUACUCUCUGAGGUGGCCACGAAUAGCUUGCAGGAUGGACAGUCACCUGGAGUCUACCUGUGUGAAGACCCCAUCUGCGGCAUGCAGCUCCAGAACCAGUCUGAACUGCGCGCACCGACACCAGAAAAGGCAGCCUGGUUCUUAGACGCGGCCAUCGCGGCCCGCCACAGCAGCCAACGUCCCGAAACGACUGAGGAAGAGCAGAGGAACUCCCACAUGCUGUUCACGUUGCACAUUUACCAGUACCGCAUGGAGAAGACAGGCAAGGGAGGAAUGUCGGGAGGUCGCAGUCGCCUCCAUCUGCUGGACCUGGGCAGCUGCGACGACGCUGUCCUCGGGGGCGGAACGGUGGGGAAAAGCAGGGAGAACUCUUCACCCGGCUCGGCGCCACUGUGCCUUUCCCUGUCAGCCCUCGGCAACGUUAUCCUGGCCUUGGUCAACGGGAGCAAACACAUACCGUUCAAGGACAGCAAGCUGACCAUGUUGCUGAGGGAGUCACUAGGCAACAUGAACUGCCGCACUACCAUGAUCGCUCACAUCUCGGCCUUGCCUGGGGAUUUUUCGGAAAGUCUCUCCACCAUCCAGAUAGCAUCCCGUGUUCUACGCAUGAAAAAGAAAAAGGCCAAGGUCACAGUGCAGUACACCUCCAGUUCUUCUGGAGGAGAGAGCUCCUGCGAGGAGGGUCGCAUGCGUCGACCCACCCAUCUGCGGCCUUUCCAUCACCGUGGCGACCCAAACUCGGACCUCCCGCUGUUGCGCCUGUCCAGCGACCAGGAUGAGCAGUACUCAAGCAGUGAGCAGUCAUGUGACACAGUCAUCUACGUGGGUCCCAACGGGGCCGCGGUAUCCGAUCGAGAGCUGACAGACAAUGAGGGUCCGCCAGAGUUUGUGCCUAUAAUUCCCGCCCUGCUGCGAGCGAAAACAUCAGAGACGCAACAAAGUCAGGUGGUCCAGAAGCAGGUGCAGCCCGAGCUUGAAAGCCAAGACCAGCAAGGCGGUCUGUCUCAGGCCCAGUCUGCUCAAUCAAUACUAGGACAGCCAUUGGCCCCAGUACCUGAGGAGGGGGCUGAGUGCCUGAAAUGUAACACUUUUGCUGAGCUGCAGGAAAGACUGGACUGCAUUGACGGCAGUGAGGAGGUAGCAAAAUUUCCCUUUGAAGAAGUUCCAGUCUGUAAACAAGGACCCAAAGAUACAUGUUUCCAUUCUGAGAAGUCAUUUGCGGCUGCUGAGGCUGCCUCGGCUGCAGGAUUAGAUACAGAGACCAAAACAGGAGGUGCAGAAACCUCUAGGAGGAAGACCAAUGAUGAGCAGCUGCAGGAUAUUAAGGAGGUUGUGGAGGAGGCAGAGCUGGCUCAGACCAUGAUCCACAGUCUGGCUCAAAGUUCUGGGACUGCUCUCGUGUCUGGGAUUAGAAAUGUGACGGGAAGCAACUCCUCAAACCCUCUUCAUAGGGCCAAGGUUUCACACCAGCCUGACAGUCGUGAGGGUCUGACGACUGAGUCCAAGACACGGCCACUCGGUUCUCCUCGCCUAGGCAUCGCCAGCCUCACAAAAACUUCAGACUACAGGCCUCCUUCCUCACCGUCUCAACGUUGUAAAGUCUACACACAAAAGGGAGUGAUACCAGCAACAUCCCCGCUGUCUUCACACACUUUGGCUCAGGAUGGACAAGCAACAGAAGCUUUAACCUCUGACAGCAGCCUGGCUGCAGACAGUGGUCGUUCAUCCACUGAGUGUCCACUGUCCAGAACAUCUCCUGUUGGAAUGAGUCCACAAGUCAAAGAUCCAACUCCAUCUAUUUCUGCAAGCCUGGGUUCAGCAGAAACACUCUGUGACGAUGACGUCCCACCAAUACCUUUUGAUACGCACAGAGAAGGACUAGCUGGACAUCGUUUAAUGUGUGAAGAUUUACUAAUAUACAUGGGGGCUUCUGGAGAAGAAGAGGCGCUUGAUGACACAGCUUUCAUGAUGACGCAGCGCCUAACCUGUCGCCCGCCGAGCAUCAUCAGCUUCAAUAGCGACUGUUGUUCUGUGGAAACCCAUGCCAGUGGACUUCGUACAAGCCCCGUUGAGGAUCAUGUGAUUGCAACCAGCUCUGGAGUUAAGGAGGUUGUUGCCAUGGCAGAGGUGGCAAUGGCCAAGCUGCGCCUAGAAGGGGAUAAGAUAGCCACAGAGACUUCCCCAGUGUCUUCCUGGAUGAGUGAUCUGAGUGGAUGCAGUGAGGGUGAUCACUCGCUUCAUAGUUUCAACCAGUCCCAAAGUCAGCAAGGGGAAGCCCUGGCUGAACCCAACCAAAUUUCCUUGGGACUGGAUCGAUCAGGGGAUAACGGAAGCAGUGGCUGCUUCAGAAAAGCAAAUCUGGAGGAAGAUCUGUCUGAAUCCAGAGGGGAGAAGGGAACACCAACCAAGGACAGGUUGAGAAAACUGCCACCAUCGAUGGCUAAAACGACAAUCCAGUCUUUGCCAGCACUUGGGAACCUAUGUACCUUAAAGAGCACAAACAGUGCUUACCCUUGUGUAGCUAUCAAAGAGAUGGCCAUACCUGCGAUCUGCUCCUCACCAACAAAAUACAACUCACAACAGUUAGCCUCCAUUUCCAGUGAGAUGAUCUUCGAGGACCCCUGGUUGAUCCGCGGUAUGGAGGAUGGGAGGCCCACUGAGGACAUCGGGCCAGUAAAUAGGGAUGAAGAGCAUUCAAAUAGCCAAGCAGGACAGAACAUUGAAGCAGCUGGCAAUGGGAAUCUCAAGAAUCUCUGCAGGGAUGCUGAAGAUCAUGGUAGCUCUAGUUCAGGCGGAGAGGUGGUGUCAUCUCCAGACUCAUUCAAAAGAGUGGUGGAUGGUUGUGAGAUGGUUGCUGGUGUUGCCCAAGGAGAAAGCUUGGCUGAUAACUACAACCCAGAAAUCCAUCGAACUUGUAGUCUCCCCCGUGCCUGGAGUCGCGUGAACCGCCACGACGGACUGGAUAACACAACAGAGUGCAAGAAUAUCAGUGCCACAUCUUCAACCCCUUGCAGUCCCCGUGCCACACUUGACCGCCGAGGGCUGAUUGGAAAACAAGGCUUUUUUUCCCACAAGAAGGGAGGGAUCCCACCGUUGCCACCUGUACGUAAAUCUAGCCUUGAUCUGCGUAACAGGGCAGCCAGUCCAUUACAUCAGGCCAUUCAUGAGGUCCCAAUACAGGGCAGCUCUACCGAGGAUCCAUGUGGCAUUAGACAACGUGGCUCCAGUAUAGACAGCAGUAGACUCUUCAGUGUUAAACUGGAGCAGCUAGCGAGCAGAACAAACUCUCUAGGCCGUGGCUCACAUCACUAUGACUGCUUUUCUCUGGAAAGGGCUGAGAGCCUAAGGGGCGUUGGAUCCAACGGAGAGGGCACAAUGCCUCGUACCGGCCGAAGCCUCACUCGUGCUGGAAACACUCUUGGAGGUAGUUCUGGUUCAAGCAGCGCCCCACAGUCGCCUGCCAAGUCGAGUGGCCAGUCAAAGAUCUCAGCUGUCAGUAAGCUGCUAAUGACCAGCAGUCCCAAAGCUAGGAGUCUGUCUGCCUCUAGCACCAAGACUCUCAGCUUUUCUACAAAGUCUCUGAGCCAAGCAUCCAGUAGAAGCUCAAGCCUUCCACCAAACGGAAAGCCACAGGCCACUAUUCAAGGCCCUAUGCAGCAGCAGGGACCCUCUCCUGCAUGCUGUUCUACACAGUCUCUGAGCCGCAGUAGAGGGGGAAGUUUUGGUGCCAAGGUGCCCCUUCGGGCAGUCAACGGACGUAUCUCUGAACUUCUCCAAGGAAGUGCUGGUUCACGUUCCAGGAAUCAUGCCCAGGGAGGAUGUGCCGAUCCAACUGAAGACAAAGGGCCUGGAGGAGCAAGUGGAGGGGCACUAAUUGCUGGAGGGGUUGCUGGAGGAGGUCCGGGUGAAGAAAGAGCAGCAACGGUCCAAACUCUUCCUUCACCCUACAGCAAGAUCACUGCUCCCCGGAAACCACAUCGCUGCAGCAGUGGCCACGCCAGCGACAACAGCAGUGUAUUGAGCGGUGAGCUGCCCCCAGCCAUGGGAAAGACGGCCUUGUUCUAUCACAGCGGCGGUAGCAGCGGCUACGAGAGCAUGCUAAGAGACAGUAGCGAGAACACGGGAAGUACUUCUUCAGCUCAAGACUCGAUCAGUGAGCAUAGCUCGACCACCACCACCUCCUCCAGACGCAGCUCCAAGAGCAACAAGAAGAGCAGGGGCAACGCUGGACACUUAGGAGGCCUCCAGCGUCGUCGGUUGAUUCCAGCACUGACCUUGGACUCUUCCCUGUCACCUCAUCGUUCCGCAAAGCAGGCCGCCACGUCCUCUUCGUCCUCUUCCUCCAGCCCAGGUGCAUGCUGGGUAGAUGGACCUUUGGGGCCACCCGCUUCUGCAACCCUGCGAGGUCCAGCGACCACAGCGGAGGCCUUCGAGAUCAAGGUAUAUGAAAUCGAUGAUGUGGAGCGCCUGCAGAAGAGGAGAGACAAGGGUGGUACCAAGGGGACGGUGUACGGCAGUGGCAAGCUUCGCCUGCUGGAGCACCGUCAGCAGCGCAUCAGCGAGGUCCGAGCAAAGUACCAGUGUUUGAAGAAAGAGCUGGAACAGACCAAACAGCAUCUGAUGCUAGAGCCUCACACAUGGACCACUGAAUUCGAACUGCAACAGGUGUACGAGGUGGACUCGCUGGAGUAUUUAGAAGCUCUAGAGAUGGUGACGGACAAACUGGAGAACAGAGUCAAUUUCUGCAAAGCUCACCUCAUGAUGAUCACCUGCUUCGACGUAUCGUCCAGACAUCGAUAA